AAUCUGAAUCUGAAUCUGAGAGGUGAUCUGAUAGAAGUAUAUAAAAUUAUGAGAGGCAUAGUUAGGGUAGAUGGACAGAAUCUUUCUCUGAGGGUGAAAACAUCAAAGACCAAAAGGCAUAGCUUUUAAGUGAAAGGUUAGAGAUGUGCACGGCAAGCUAUUUACACAGAGCGACGGGUGCCUGGAACUCACUGUCAGGGGUCAUGGGGGAAGCACACAUGUAAUAGUCAUGCUUAAGUGGCAUUGAAACAGGCACAUGAACAAGCAGAUAGAAUUAGUUUAAUUUGGCAUCAGGUUCGGCACAGACAUUGUGGGUGAAAGCCUUUUUCCUGUGCUGCCCUGUGCUAUGUUCUAUGUUGAAAUAAUGAUGAUGGGCAGAAAGGCCUCCCCGCUCCACAUUCGAUUGGCUUUUCAAGUUCAAUCUUGAAGCUAAAUGCAGCACGUAGCCAAUAUUUUAGUUACUAUCUCACACCUCAUCUAAUCCCCACUAGUUGCGGAUGGCAGAGGGCAGUUCUGAUGGAAGGUUAUUGGCAAAUAUUCCGAGGCUGAAAAUAUCAGGUUUUGCCGGUGGGAGAUGUUGCACCUUUGGAGGUCAAAUAUAAGAGAAAAUAUACAACUAAUGGCAAGACUCUUAACAGAAUACGGAGGAAUCUUGGGUAUGUCUGCUACUCCCUGAGAGUGGCAAUGCCAGUAGAUAGAGCAAUACAGAUGGCAUAUUGUAUGCCUGCCUUCAUUGGCCAGGGCAUUGGGCAUGGCAAUCAGGAAGUUAUGAUACAGCUUUCUAGGUCUUUGGUUAACCAACUUUUAGAGUAUUGGCUGCAGUUCCAUUCGUUGCGUUACAGGAAGGAUGUGGAGGCUUUGGAAAAGGUGUGGAAGAGAUUUACCAGCAAAAUGUCUGGAUUAGAAGAUAUUAUCCAUGAAGAAAAGUUGGACACACUUCAAUUGUUAUCCUUAGAACACUGGAGGUUGCGGGGACUUCUGAUAGAAGGUUAUAAAAUUAUGCGAGGCAUAGAUACACUUUUUUACAUUUCAUGGAUAUUGUGUGGAAACAGGCCCUUCGGUUCACCGAGUUUGUGCUAACCAGCGAUCACCCCGUACACUAGAACUAUCCUAAACACUAGGGGCAAUUUACAAUUUUUACAAGCCAAUUGACCUACAAACCUGUAAGUCUAUGGAGUGUGGGAGGAAACUGGAUCACCCAGCGAAAAACACUUUUUCUCUUUUUAAGACAUGGCUUUAUGUGAAAAGGGCACAGUUUAAACAAGAUGCGUAGAACAAUUUUUUUUUACACAGAAAGCAGUGGGUGCCUGGAACGCAUUGCCAUGGGUGGUGGUGGAGGUAGGUACGAUAGUGCUGUUUUUAGACAUUUUUGGAUAGGCACAUGGACAGGCAGGGAAUGGAGGGGAUUUAAUCACCUGUUCACACUAGUUCAAUGUUGUCCCAUUUUCUUCUCCACUCCCUAUACACUAUGAGCAAUUUUACAGAGGCCAAUUAACCUACAAACCUGCAGGCGUUGGGAUGUGGGAGGAAACUGAAGCAUCCAGAGGAAACACAUGCAGUCACUGGGAGAUUGUGUGAACUCCACACAGACAGGAUCUCCAAGGUCAGGAUCAAACACGGGUCUCUGCCACCAUGUGGUAGCAUUUCUACCAGCUGCACCAAUGUGCCACCCUUCAUCUGGAAGCACGAGACUUUGUUGAUGCUUUGGUGAGAAGAAACAAGCCUGCAAUUAUCACAAUGUAAUAAAAAGGAUCUGCAGAUGGUGGUUUAUUGCAAAGAUGGACGCAAAAUGUAAGAGCAACUCAGCAGGUCAGGCAAUGUCUCUGGAGAAAAUGAAUGUAUGACUAUGAGUUAAACCAGCAUUUUGUGUCUUUCUCUGCAACUAUCACAUCUCAGUCACUAAUCAUACCGUUCAUCGGAUUUGUAGAGAGUUGGACUAAACUGUUCUAAACUGUAAUAUGUUCUAAACUGUAACGUGAAUUAUAUUCAAUAGAAUAUGAUCUGAAUGUUGUCAAAUGUUUGGACCAUAGAAUAACUUUUGCAGAUAAUCUAUUUUUAUGGCAUGAAACUGCCUGCAGAAUAUAAUGGAAUAUAAAUGCCAAGUGGUAACAGUGAGUGUAUAUAAAAGUUAAAAUCAUGCUCAUCACCAAAAUUGUGGGCCAAAGGGACUGUUAUUAUGCUGUACUGUCCUAUGUUCUAACCCCAUACCCCAGUUAUUUCUCUGGUGGAUUUGAUGUUAAUAAGUUACUUGCGGCAGCUAUUGGUUUGCAAUUGAUUUCCAAGCGAUCAUUACCCCUGUGGAUAUAAUGUACAUUCCACUGCCUACCAAACUUUGAAGCCUUUUGUUGCAAGUUAGUGAAUUCAAACAUCAGACGUGCUAUAGGGGGUCUGUGUUCACUAUAUAUGUUCAGAAGCUUUGAAGUUCAAACGAUGGACAAUGGUUUUUAUUGUUUUGUGGAGAAACUUGUGUUGCACACCACAAUUCCAAACAUCUUCAGGCAAGAACACUCGCUGCAUUUCUAUAGUAUUCUACAAACAGCUUCAUGUAACAAAAAUAAAUUAUCUGUAAAAAUUAUUCUCUGUUCCAAACAGUUGAUAGCAUUCAGAUGAUUUCCUGAUGAUAAUAAGUCACGUUAUAGUUUAGAACAGGCUGUACCACCAACUUUCUAUCGAUAAUUCUGAUGGAGGUUUUAAUUGAACAGUUUGAUUAGUGACGGAGGCUUAAUAGUUGCAUCCUUGUUUCUUCUCACUGAACCUCUCACAAAGUCUCGCGCACACAGAAGACAGCCGGCACAUUUGGCGCAGCUCGUAGGCCUGUUUGAUUCUGACCUUGGGUGCUCUCUGUGUGGAGUUUGUACGUUCUCCCUUUGACUGCCUGGGUUUCCUCCGGGUGCUCUGGUUCCAUCCCAUGUCCCAAAGCCAUGACGGGUUUGUAGGUUGAUUACCCUCUGUAAAAUUGCCCACGGCACAUAGGGAGUGGAUGAGAAAGUGCGAUAACAUAGAACUAGUGUGAACAGGUUCAAGAGCAGCAGCGGUAACCUCAAGAUAUUACAGUGGUUUCCAAUAAGAUUAUUUUAUUUGUGGAUCCAGUUCUCUGCAUAAUUACAAUCCAGUAAACAUACAUUUUAUUUGACGAAAUCCCUACAUAUCUCUAAAAAAUAUGCAAUAAGCAAAAAUUCAAAUUGAAAUCCUUAACUACUGCAUUGCUUUUUUUCCCCAACAGAUCCUAUCUAUUUGCUUUACUGUCCAGACGUUGUUAUGAAAAGCUCCAGCCUCUAGUGCUUUUCCUCCCCAAGUGUCUCCAAAUCCACUAAUAACCCAAUGACUAGCAUCCAGAUUAAUGCAGACAAAACAACAGAUCCUGAAGGAAAACCAAGUCCACCUCCCCCAUUUUCAGUCCGCCAAACUGAUUUCCAAGUUUCAGACCUUGUUACUUUCGUGAAGGAAAAGUAUGUGGUCAUUGCAGCUCUAAACGUCCGUAUGGAUUGGGGACAAGCAAUUUGUAACUCAUAUGUUUGAUCUGAAUGACUUCCAAGGCCAUUUCAGACGGCAGUUCAGAAUAAGAUAUGAUGGUAAAAAAAAAGACACAGUGCUGGAGUAACUCAGCAGGUCAAACAGCAUCUCUGGAGAACAUGGAUAGAUGGCGUUUCCGGUUUGCGUUUGUAAACCAGCAUGUGCAGUUCCUUGUAUCCGAGAUUUUCUGUAAUUGCAGUCUGGAUCUGGACAACUAAUUUCCUUCUACUAAAGGCACGGACCUGUGGUGUUUAGGGCAACGUACUCGGUGUCAGUAUAUCAGCUAGGUUUUUCCAGAUUACUGCAAAAACAUAUUGAAGACCCUAUGGAAAUGUUAGCGUUUUAACCUUUAAACAGCUGAGGCAUGCUGUGUGUUGUGGGGCAGGGCUGUUACUCUGGAGGAAGACUGUCUUUCCACAGGGUGGUGGGAUAGUGCACUCCUCUACCUUCAGUCCACCUAGAGACCACCUUACCGGUAGAACUGAGAUGACUUGGUCGGUGAACCGAUCUGAUGACAGUAUUCUAAUAAAUCCAAUUUAAUGGGAAUCGGCCUCCUUGUAAACCCUGUAAAUCUGGCUGUUAACGGGACUGGGAGAUUACUGUACGUCGUGUUUUCCUGUACACUGAUUCUUCACACCGAUGUCAGCAGUGCGGAGCGUUCGCGAUCCAACCGCAGCUUCAAAAGGGUUAAAGUAUUGCUGGCAGCCGGGGCAGCGCCUGCCUCUCUCUCUCUCCCGCAAAGGCGGAUUGGUUAGGGAGCAAGGCAAGAGGCGGGUUCCUGCCGUUUGAUGUCGGGUGGCAGAAAGGAUCAAUGGAGUGUCCGCUCGCACCAUCCUCUCACCGGCUCGCCUUCCAUCGCUACCCCGAACCCGCCCGCGGGGAGAUGCACUGAAGCCCGUGCUCGGGCGCCUGGGAUGGCGAGCGCUUUCGCCGGCGUCAGCCUGGUGAAAUGAGUCCGUGCAGGCAAUGGGCGUUUGGGGGGUUGUGCAGACUUUUCUCUGCCUCUCGAUGUUGCUGCACAGAGCAUUUACGUAACCCGCAGCCUCUCCCCCAACCUCCUCUGUUCCUACUACUGCUGCUGGCAAGCCCGAGCCGGGUGUGUUUUGUGUUACACUAGUGAAGCCGGUGACGAUUUGAAUGCCUGCUUCGCUCAGGGAGAAUCAUGCAUUUGGUGAUUUGGGCAGAAGGGCUCCUGUGUCAACUGCUUAUAUUUCUAACCCCUUCUCGGGAAUUGCGUUUACAUCCGAAACAAGAAAACUUAAUAAAACAGCUAAGAUCUUAUGAAAUAAUUACGCCGACACGGGUGAACGAUUUCGGAGAGGUGUUUCCUCGUGCUCUUCACUUCAGGAGGAGGAAGCGGAGCUCUGGGCUGGAGCCGUGGGCUACGAGAGCUCACUAUCAGAUCAGCGCCUUCGGACACCUCUACCAUCUCAAUCUCAGCGCCAACUCUGACUUCAUCGCGCCCUCCUACACAGUCAGUCACCUUGGCAGCCGCUGGCCCGGAGAGCCGCACUCUGACUUGAAGCACUGUUUUUAUGCCGGACAUGUCAAUUCUCAGACAGAGCACACAGCGGUCGUCAGCCUCUGUACCGGGCUUAUGGGUACUUUUAAGACUCGUGAUGGCCAAUAUUUUUUGGAACCUCUGAUGAAACCAGAUGGAGGCCAAUUCAAAGAUGAGCACAAUAAACCCCACCUUAUUUACCAGCAUGAACCACUGAAUACCAACCCUUUGAGGAAGAUGAAUGACCCUUCUCAUCCUUGUGCACCUUUAGAUCAGAAUCAUAAAACAAGGAAAACCCAUCUCAAGAUGCGCAAUACUGGCAGUAUUAGAGAACACUUCACUAACUUGCAAGAUGCAGUUCAACUGAUGCAACUUUCACCCACGGAUCCAGGACUGAGCAAUGAAACACAGCGGCAUACAAGGCAAAAGCGCUUCUUGUCCUAUCCAAGAUUUGUGGAGGUGAUGGUAACAGCUGACAGCAAGAUGGUCUACCAUCAUGGGAGAAACUUGCAGCACUAUAUUUUAACGCUUAUGUCAAUAGUGGCUACAAUCUACCGAGAUUCAAGUGUUGGAAACCUCAUCAACAUUAUUGUGGUGAAGUUAGUUGUGAUUCACAAUGAAUAUGAAGGCCCAUCCAUUAGUUUUAAUGCAGCUACAACUCUUCAUAACUUCUGUGUGUGGCAGCAGACUCAGAACACUGUAGACGAUGCACACCCAUCUCAUCAUGACACCGCCGUCCUAAUCACCAGGGAAGACAUUUGUAGAGCUAGAAACAAGUGUGAUACUUUGGGAUUAGCAGAACUUGGUACAAUGUGUGAUCCAUAUCGCAGCUGCUCCAUCAGUGAGGAGAAUGGACUGAGUGCUGCUUUUACAAUAGCACACGAGCUUGGGCACGUCUUCAACAUGCCUCAUGAUGACAGCUUCAAGUGUAAAGAGGCUGGAGUGAAACCUCAAUAUCACGUUAUGGCUCCAACCUUGAACUACCACACCAACCCAUGGACCUGGUCAAAGUGCAGCCGCAAGUACAUCACCGAAUUUCUCGAGUAUGUUUACUUCAGCACUGGUUAUGGAGAAUGCCUUCUUGAUGAACCUGUGGUGAGGAACUAUGACCUAUCAGCCCAGUUACCUGGUCAAAUCUACAACGCAAACAAGCAAUGUGAACUUAUGUUUGGAUCAGGAUCACAAGUUUGUCCCUACAUGAAACAAUGCAAGCGUCUGUGGUGUACAAGUGCGGAAGGAGUGCACAGGGGCUGUCGUACACAACACAUGCCUCUGGCUGACGGGACUGAAUGUGGCCAUGGGAUGCACUGUCGGCAUGGACUCUGUGUGAACAAGGAGUUGGCAGCGAGGCCUGUCGAUGGAGAAUGGGGACCGUGGGGACCAUAUGGAGAGUGCUCCAGGCCAUGCGGUGGAGGGAUCAGAAGCGCAGCGCGAGACUGUAACAAGCCAGAGCCGAGGAAUGGUGGGAAGUAUUGUGUGGGCCGUAGAAUGAAGUUCCGAUCCUGUAACACCGAGCCCUGCACAAAGGGAAGGAAGGAUUUCAGGGAAGAGCAGUGCUCCGAGUUUGAUGGAAAGCAUUUUAACAUCAAUGGUUUACCGGCAAACGUGCGCUGGCUUCCAAAGUAUAGCGGCAUUCUGAUGAAAGAUCGCUGCAAGCUUUUCUGCCGUGUAUCUGGGACGACAGCGUAUUAUCAGCUCAAGGAUCGUGUCACUGAUGGUACUCCAUGCGGACCCGACACAAAUGAUAUCUGUGUACAAGGCCUGUGCAGACAAGCGGGAUGUGACCAUGUGUUGAACUCCAAAGCUAGGCGGGACAAGUGUGGAGUAUGUGGUGGAGAUAAUUCCUCCUGUCGGACUCUGGCUGGUACAUUUAACAAUGCACAAUAUGGGUAUAAUAUUGUUGCCCGAAUACCCUCAGGAGCAACAAACAUUGAUGUACGGCAACACAGUUAUUCAGGGAAGCCAGAGGAUGACAAUUAUCUUGCUUUAUCUGACAGUCAAGGUAAUUUCGUCCUGAACGGAAACUUUGUGGUGAGCAUGUUUAAAAGAGAAGUAGGUGUACAGGGAGCCACAAUUGAAUAUAGUGGCUCAGACAGUGAUGUGGAACGUAUUAACUGCACGGGCCGAAUUGAAGAAGAGCUAAUCUUGCAGGUUUUAUCCGUUGGAAAUUUGUACAACCCUGAUGUGCGUUACUCUUUUAACAUACCAAUAGAAGACCAACUGGAAUUGUUUGCUUGGGAUCCAUAUGGUUCAUGGCAAGAGUGCAAUAGACCAUGCCAAGGGGAGCGGAGGAGGAAGGUUGUCUGUGUGCGAAAAGGCGAUCAUUUGGUUGUUUCUGACCAAAGAUGUGAGCAUUUAUCUCGACCAACAGCAGAGAAUGAGCUGUGCAACGUGGACUGUGAAUUAAGGUGGCACACAGAAGGGAAAAGUGAAUGUACUGCACAGUGUGGACCAGGACACAGAACACAGGAUAUUCACUGCAUGAGGUACACGCAUGGGAAAGUACCAAGGGUGCCGAUGGACGACAGAUACUGUGCCAAUCAACCGAAACCUCCCAGUCGGGAGCCAUGCCAUGGUGACUGUCUCAGGUCCAGUUGGCAUUAUACAUCAUGGUCACAGUGCUCAAAGAGCUGUGGGGGUGGAACAAAGACACGGGAAGCAUAUUGCAUGAACAACCUCGGCAGACGCCUCGUGGACCGGGAGUGCAACGAACAUCAAAACGUUGUAUCACAGGGAUGCAGCGAAUUUCCCUGCCCUGAAUGGACAGCUAGUCAAUGGAGUGAAUGCCUCGUGACAUGUGGGAAGGGUACAAGACAUCGGCAGGUUUCAUGUCUGUUGAAUAAUGAACACCUGAGGGAUGAGUUUUGCGACCCUACUACAAAGCCUGAGCCGAUGGGGACCUGUGAGCUCCAAGAGUGUGCCUCAUGGCAGGUUGGAGCAUGGGGGCAGUGUGCUGUUACUUGCGGACGUGGAUAUCAGAUGCGAGCAGUGAGGUGUGUGGUCGGUAUGUUCACUGCAGUAAUAGAUGACCGACAGUGCAAUGCUGUAACUCGCCCAAGAGAUAACCAGGAUUGUGAGAUGCCUCCCUGCUUAGAGCCUCCCAAGAUGGUCCCAACUCCAAGUCCAGCAACACAGAGAGGGACGUUGACUCAGUGGAGAUUUGGAUCCUGGACUCCCUGCUCGGUCACCUGUGGGGAAGGAACACAAGCUCGCUACGUCAGCUGCAGGGAUGCUCAGGGUGGUGUGGCCGAUGCACUGUUCUGCGCUCACUUACCCCGACCUCCGGAAACGUCAAUGUGCUAUAGUCCCUGUGGCCAGUGGCAUGCUGGAGAAUGGUCGCCUUGCUCUGUCAGCUGUGGUCCCGGAGUAGCGACCCGCCAAGUUGUCUGCAUCACCUAUCACCACCAGCUCACGGUCGAGAGCAAUUGCGAUGCCACAGAGAGACCACCUGAGGAGCAAGAGUGUCGUGCACCCCCCUGCCCCCCCGACCUGUAUCCCCCAGUUGACUACCCUGCACACGUCCCGCACCAUGACCAUCCACUGCCACAUGCUGACUUUCCCUCCCAAGAUGUGGUCAGCCAGAACAUACAGAGCAAUCCAUCGGGGGCAAGUCAAUGGAGGACAGGACCAUGGGGAGCAUGCUCAAGCAGUUGUACUGGUGGAUUUCAGAGUCGAGUGGUCGUCUGUCAGGAUGUGGAAGGGCGGACAGUCGACUCCUGUGAAGAGCGAAUGAAGCCUAUGGAAACCAAGCACUGUGACUCCGGUGCAUGCCCACAUUGGAACUAUGGCAACUGGGGCGAGUGUACACAACCAUGUGAUGGUGGAACUUGGACAAGACUGGUCAUCUGUCAGCUGCCCCAAGGCCAACGCCUGAGUGACCAAAACUGUGACAUCUUGGAGAAGCCUCCUGACAGAGAACAGUGCAACAUGCAACCUUGCCCUGGCAGUGUCUCAUGGCAUCGAGGACCAUGGAAUUUGUGUUCCGUGUCUUGUGGGAAGGGCACCAAGCAUCGGGGAGUCGACUGUGUUGAUGGGGGGCAGGCUGCUGUGGACCACAAGUACUGUCAGCACUUGAGGAAGCCGCGGCUUUACAAACGGUGCCGAGCGGGCCGUUGCCCCACCUGGAGGAGCACUCCAUGGACACAGUGCUCAGUGACGUGUGGAGACGGACUUCAGCAGAGGGAUGUCUUCUGCAGGCUGAAGGGUGUCGGUCGGGUAAUUGAAGAGACGUGCGAUCCAUUCUCUCGGCCGGCCAGCACUCAGCAAUGCCGGCUGCCUGGCUGUCUACGACAUGAAUGGCUUGCAGAUGAAUGGCAAGACUGCUCCACGUCGUGUGGUAAAGGUGUGAAGAUGCGCAGUGUGUGGUGUGUUAAUCACAUCCAGGAACAGGCAGAAGAUCAUCACUGCAACCCAUUGUCCAAGCCUCCUGCUGUGCACAGCUGUUUCACUGCACCUUGCCAACACAUUUGGAUUGCAGGGGAAUGGUCACAGUGUUCAGCAAGUUGUGGCCCAGGAUAUCAACAACGGAUAGUAUACUGCAGCGAGGUCCACGUUGGCCAAGACCUUUAUUCAUAUGACCUGCCGUCAUCCACAAAGAACAGCUGUCCACAGCCACCACCAGCCAGUGUUCACUGGUGCAAUGUGCAGAAAUGUCCUCCAUCAGCUAGCUGGAGAAUGGGAGCCUGGAGCAAGUGCUCAGUGACUUGUGGAAGUGGUAUAAUGCAGAGGAAAGUGCAAUGCCUGACUGAUGACAGUCUGCCCAGUCAACUGUGCCAACUCAGCCAGAAGCCACCGCCUCACACUCUUUGCUUCAAUGAUAUUUGUGAUGCUUCAGCAAGUUGCAGUGAAAUUCAGAAGACAAAGGAAGUGCGAGAGGAUGGAGAGUACCUGCUAAAGAUUCAAGGCAAAGUAAUAAAGAUAUAUUGUGCAGGAAUGCAAUCCGAUAAUCCUCGGGAAUAUGUAACCUUAUCCAGUGGAGAGGCAGACAACUACUCUGAAGUCUAUGGAUACAGGUUGCGAAAUCCUUAUGAAUGUCCUUAUAAUGGAAACAGAAGAAAGGACUGUUCCUGUAACAAUGACUACCUCGCAGCUGGGUACACAGUGUUUCACAGAAUACGGGUUAAUAUCAGCUCAUUGCAGAUCAUAAUUACAGACCUGUACUUUGCUCAGACGGUGCGUGGACGAGCAGUGCCAUUUGCCACAGCCGGAGACUGUUACAGUGCAUCCAGGUGUCCUCAGGGACAAUUUAGUAUUAACUUAAGUGGGACAGGGCUGAAGAUAGCAGAAGCUUCGAAAUGGAUUGCACAGGGAAACUAUGCAACGGUCAAUGUACAAAGGUCACAGGACGGGACGAAGGUCUAUGGAAUGUGUGGAGGUUACUGCGGGAAAUGUGUUCCCCCAAAGCAGCACUGGCCUCCUCCUGAAAGUGCAGUAAAAGCCUGGGUGUGGAGUGAAGAUGCAGCUACUGACCGAAUGAAAAGAUCACCCAGCGGAACGCAGACUGAUGGAUGAUGAUGAGAGGACCAACCCAAUUUUCAGCAUUCUCUACCAAUGCCAGGAUGCAAGAGCGUCCUAUUACAAGCUUGGAGAGAAUUUGCUCAUCAGCCUGUAGCUAAAGCAAUCUCCUUUCUUCCGGCCAUCGUGUGCUGUGGGUUGGGACAGGAAGAACAUGAUUGGAUAAUUAGUUGAACCAAAUUUAGCCUAAGCUCUGUGCUUGUUCCAAUUCAUGUCACGUUGCCAAUCAUUCCCAUCAAGUUCACUUUGAAACCAUGGCACGAGCAGAAACAAUGGACCGUUGAACACACCUGGACUGUUCCUCUGUUAAUCAAGACCCAUUACUGUCCAUCACACAGGCUGGCUGCACUCCGCACAAGACUCAUCGAACCCCUCGCUCUUCAUCUACCCCCCUCAGCAUUAGUUUAUUUAGUUUCGUUUAGCAAUACAGCGCAGAAACGGGCCCCUUGGCGCAUCGAGUCUGCACCGACCAGCGAUCCCCGCACAUUAACACUAUCCUACACACACUAUGGACCAUUUACAUUUUUGACUUCUCCAGUACUUUUAACAGCAUCCGGCCUGCACUGCUAGGGAACAAACCGACGAGAAUGCGGGUGGAUGCACCAUUGGUGUCCUGGAUCACCAACUACCUGCCUGGACAACCAUUAUGUCAGACUUUGGAACUGGGUAUUGGACAUGGUAGUGAGCAACACAGGGGCCCCACAGGGAACGGCCCUCUCUCCCUUCCUGUUCACCAUCUACAUCUCAGACUUCAGAUACAACUCGGACUCCUGCCACCUGCAGAUGUUUUCAGAUGACUGCAAUUGUGGGUUGCAUCGGUGAGGGGAGGGAAGCUGAAUACAGAGGUGUAGUCAACACUUUAUUGAGUGGUGUGGGCUGAAUCAGCUGCAGCUUAACACUGACAAGACUAAGGAGGUAGUGGUGGAUCCCUGAUCCCUGUCUCCAUCAAGGGUGUGGAUGUGCAGUUUACCAGGGAGUGCAAGUACCUUGGAGUUUACCUGGACAGUAAACUGAACUGGUCCAGGAAUGCUGAGUCCCUGUACAAGAAGGGACAGAGCCAGAUAUACUUUCUGAGGAGGCUCUGCUCUUUCAAUAUCUGCUGUAAGAUGCUGCAGAUGUUCUAUCAAUCGAUGGUGGCCAGUGCCAUCUCCUAUGCUAUCAUGUGCUGUGGUAGCAGGGUGAAGGCCGUGUACGUCAACAGAAUUACCAACAAACUCAUCAGGAAGGCUGGCUCCAUCCUGCUCCGUUGGAUUCAUGGGAGGUGGUCUUGGAGGGGAGGAUGCUCCUCAAACUGCAGAGCAUUUUGGACAAUCCAGCUCACCCCCGCCAUGACAUACUGGUCAGCCUGAGGAGCACCUUCAGCAACAGACUGGUUCCACCAAGAUGCAGUACAGAGAUCCUUUAUCCCUGUGGCUAUCAAACUGUACAACUCUCCCCCCUUCUGUCGCGGGGUAGACUGACUCCCCUCCCCCCCCCCCCCCCCCCCCCCCCCCCCCCCCCCC